AUGACCACCACGUCUGCCAAUUGCGGCAACAGUCUGACCUGGGACUACAUCACGUUCUUCGUGUUCGUGAUCGUAUCGACCUUGGUUCCCCUGUGGGGUCGCUUCUUCGGACGCAAGGAAAAAACCAAAGCCGAAUAUGUCUUCGGGAUGGGCACCAUAUCCGUCGGGGCCAUGAUGCUGUCGAUCGCUCGCGGAACACUCGGCGUCCGGUCGUUGCUCGGGUAUCCCAGCGAACUGUUCUACCGAGGAUCGGCCAUGUGGGAAACGCUGUAUGGCAUGGUGACUGCGUAUCCUAUUGUAUGCUACGUCUUUAUUCCGGUGUACUUCAAUUUGGGGAUCACCUCGGUGUAUCAGUAUCUGGAUUUGAGAUUCAACAGCCGCUUGGUGCGUUGCCUAGCAUCCGGAACGUACGUAGUUCGAGCUUUGCUGAUUCUGGGCGUUACACUCUACACUCCAGCAGUUGCUUUGAACACUGUCGUUGGAGUCCCGUACUGGGCCUCGCUGUUGUUGAUCACCGUUACCACCAUUACGUUCAACCUUCUGGGAGGCCUUAAAGCUGCCAUUAAAGCGGAUGUGAUCCAAGGGGUUACCAUGAUACUGAUCAUGAUCGCCAUUGUCAUUCAGUCUAUGGUUAACGUUUGGAGUGUUGAAAAGAUUGUUACCAUUCCAGCUGAAGAAGGACGUCUAACAUUCUUGGACUUCACUGGCGACUUCACGGUUCGAGUUGACACAACUUCGGCAUGGUUAGGACAGCUGUUUAUGUCGUUGAGUAUCUUCGGAUGUCAGCAAAGCUUCGUACAGCGAUACCUUAGCAUGGGAUCAUUCCAAGAAAUCCAACGCACCAUCAUGACCAAUGUGCCGAUCAUCAUUAUACUGUUCACGCUGGUGUGGGUAGUUGGAAUGGGAAUAUUUUCCGUGUAUGUGGACUGCGAUCCACUGGCAGCUGGCUUCAUCAGUAAAAUUGAUGAAAUAGCUGCUUUCUUUGUACAGGAUAAGUUUCAUUACCUUCCGGGGUUCUUGGGGUUGUUUAUGGGUUCGCUCCUGAAUGGUGCGUUGACAUUGAAUGUGUCCAACAUCAACGCAGCGGCGACCGUCACUUGGGAAGACUUCCUGGCACCUUUGCCGUAUUUCAAGGAUACCCGUGACAAAAGGCAACUGCGCAUGAUUCGGAUAAUCGGUGCCGUAUAUGGAGUGAUCGUUAUGGGCAUAGGAUUCGCCGUGGGAUUGCUGUCCGGAGUGAUCGAGAGCAGCAUGCUGAUGACUUCGGCCACGUCCGGCCCAUUAUUGGGGGUGUUCCUCCUGGCGAUGCUGGUCCCGGUUGCCAACUGGAAAGGGGCCGCCAGUGGAAUGAUCCUUUCACACAUUGUUACUCUUUGGAUUACGUUUGGAGGGUUGACGAUCGAUAACGAGACACCGUUGCUUCCAACGUCUGUCGAAGGUUGCACCAACGAAACUUUCUCCAGUGGAAUUGUAAAGCGAUCGGACUCUUGGCUCGUAUCUUCCAUUGCCACAACGGAUGCGUUUCAAGACCAGUCCAGUCUCAACGCUACAAGUCAGAUCCGUGAGUUCCCGGAAAGUCUGUACGCCAUAUCGUACAUGUACUACAGUUUGAUCGGAACGUUCAUUACAAUGCUGGUUGGAACGGUUGUAAGCUACGUUACUAGCGAUCGGGAAGAGGAUGCCUACGAUCAACGGUUGCUUUACUCGAUGGUUUACAAACUGAGCCGCGCUUGUCCUGGGGAGGAACGGCAUUAUGUCGACAACCCGAAAAUUAAAACCAAAUCGGUGAAGAACUUGGAGGGGAAGUCUAACGAAACGUUUGAUGGAAAGACCGAGGGCAAGGUUUAA